UGAACACUGUACAUUCUCUACAGAAGUGGAUUGUCUUGUGUUACAAACUCUUCUCACAGAUUUCUUCUCAAUCAUCUUUCUGUUUUUCUUCUGAUUUUUGCGUGUAUUUCACUCUUGAAUUUUGAUCCACCACUGCCUUUUUCGGAGCUGCUUGAUUUUCCAUUUCGAUUAUAAUUCCUCUGUUUUUUUUUUUUUUUUUUUUUUUUUAUUGUUCUGCAAAGUAUCGCAAUCCGAUUCGGUUAAUCUUACUGAUUUUAGGAAAUUGUGUAGUUGAAUGGAUGAAUUAGUCGGGCCUCGUGUCUACAGCUGCUACAAAUGCCGGAAUCACGUCUGCCUCCACGAUGACAUAAUCUCAAAGGCAUUUCAGGGAAGACACGGACGAGCCUUUCUGAUCUCCCACGCCAUGAACAUUGCUGUCGGGCCCAAAGAGGACAGAAAUCUCAUGACUGGUCUCCACACAGUUGCUGAUAUCUCGUGUGCAGACUGCAGCGAGGUGCUGGGGUGGAAAUACGAACGGGCUUUUCACGCGUCACAGCUAUACAAGGAGGGUAAAUUCAUAUUCGAGAAAUCGAAGAUUGUGAAGGAGAACUGGUGGUAGCCCUAUUUAGUAAGUUUGAUGCUUACGUCAAUGUGCCUGAAAAACUCACAUGAAUUCAUUCCGUACAUAUAAUUUUAUUUGUUUAUAAACAAGUUGUCUUCCUUUGA